AUGAAUGGAUUGGCUGACUUUCAUCAUAUCGAAUUUCGCGUUUCCAAUGCUCUUCAGUCAUCAUUUUGGUACUGUUGUUGUUUUGGAUUCCAAAGGUUCGCUGAGAAACGAGAUGAAGACGCAACAUGCAUAGCCAUACGAAACGGCAGGGUUAUUUUUGUGAUCAAAUCAACAACGUCUUGUGACCCAGAAACUUUGCAACAGCUGGUUGUGCAUGGGGAUGCUGUUAAGGAUGUCGCAUUCCGUGUGGAUUCUAUAGACGCUCUUGAACAGGUAUUGAUACCCUACACGUACUCCUCAAAAACGCUCUACAGGGAUAGCGACAUCACCCACACAUUGGUCGAAGACAGAAACUACUCGGGUACAUUUCUUCCUGGUUACUCCCCUGUGGAUAAUUUUCCGCUACCUGCUAAUAUUCCUGUUGUGCUAUUGGACCAUGUGGUACAAAACUAUCCAGUAAAUGGGAUUGAAGAUGCCGCUGAGUGGUACAAACGAAGUAUGGCACUGCAGCGAUUUUGGUCGAUUGACGACAAAAUUACAACAUCUGAGUUUUCAGCUAUGAAGGCAUGGCUGAUUACCAACGAUGAUCAGAAGGUUCAAAUGACCCUAGCAGAGGCGGUACCCGGUCGCAAAGGAAGAAGUCAGAUAGAGGUUUGGAAUGGAUUACAACAACUUUGUCAAGAUUCUGUAAUUCUGUGGCCUUCAAGGAAUAUGUUUCCACAAUCAUACUAUGAUAUCCUUGAUGAACGCCUCAAAGAUUCCAAGGUUGAGCUGAAAGAAGAUAUGAAAAAGCUACGAGAACUCUGCAUUUUGAUGGAUUUUGACGACAAUGGCUACCUGUUGCAAUUAUUCACGAGACCUGUUCAAGAUCGACCUACCCUCUUCAUUGAAAUCAUUCAACGACGAAAUUUCAAUGGAUUCGGAGCCGGCAACUUCAAAGCACUUUUUGAUGCUGUCGAAAGGGAGCAAAGGCGAAGAGGAACUCUCCUUGUAGAGAACUGA